GCCAGAAGCGCCCGCGAAAGGGACAUGCAGGACGGCGAGGGUUGGUAUUCCGAGCUGUGCGACAGCGUUCGAGGCGGAGUAUAUCGACGAGGGGAGCCCAGCUUCAACAGUCGCUCGCAGAUAUUCAAUGGUAAUGUGCAAUGCCACGCAAAAGCCGUCACUUGUCCAGUGGAUGCACAAGAUGUCAGCAGUAUUCUUAAAAUAUGUAUCAAGCACUCCCUAUCCCCCUCUGUCAAGGCGGGCGGAUAUGGCACCGCAGGCUGGGCGGUCAACGGCGAUGUGAUCAUCGACCUUUCCAAUCUCCUCGACAUCCACAUCGCACCCCCACUCCAGAACCCCGUCGAAAUCGAGGACUCCGGGCUGUGGAAAGACUAUACGAGUAUUCGCGACAUGCCCGUAACCUCGAGCAAAGGCAAAUCUGCCGUCGCUGACCCGAUUGCGAACCCCCUCAAACGCCGCCGCCAAGGGGAGGACGAAGACGAGUACGAGAACCCCGCCAGGAAGCAGAGGAGCUACGACCACGCCUCGCCGGCUCUCGCAUCCUUCCUGCGCGGGCCCGCGCUGCCUCCAGAUCCCCUGGGCGAGGAACCGCGCCGUCCCCCGCUGGAUAUCAGAGGCGACCGGAACCUCGAAACUCUUCCCAUGACCACUCGACAGAUCUCUGGAGAGUCGAACAAAUCAGAGACGAGCAUGACCUCGAGCCAAAGUGGCUCCAACUCCAGUCUAGUCGCAAGUUCGAGCGGCGGGACUGAUUUCACGAGCCCUGAUGGCAGUAUCGAUUUGGACAGCCCAAACAAGGCUGCAGAUCCCUUCAGCUAUAUGACUAGCACAUCCAGCGUCGACAUCCAGGGUGCCGGUGAAUCCUCUGGUGUCCGCGGCCUUGCGGGCAAUCUGCCCCCGCUUUUUGUAGGCGGGAGUCAGUCGCCUGCAUUCGCAAUGCCAGGUGCUUGGCCGCGGUCAGGCAGUGAUAUAAGCACUCCGACGGGGCCUAUGUCAGGUAUGACUCUAGGCGUGGGCAGUUCUUCCACGGCAGAUCCGUUCGGGUAUAUGAAUCCCGCUGGACCUCCAUCUGGUAGCAGCUUGCUAGGUAGCUUCGGCCCCGGGACUUCAUCGCUCUGGUUACCGCCCAGCGCCCUCCAGAAUCCGUUCUCAGGCCCGUCCGAUGAUAGUGCGAUACUGUCGGAUCCGACUCUCAAUACGCCCUUGCGCCGAGCUGCCGAAGUAUCUCACCGGACACAUGCCGUGCCCGUACACAAACACGCGUACGUGACGUUCGGCGCGGGGGUGAUGCAGAAGGACAUGGACGCCUUUACCCAUCGGAACCCCCUGGAGGGCAGAAGCGUCGGCGGUUCGAGAGUUGAUGUGCCAUACCAUGUACCAUCGGCUGCACACCCUGUUGGGUCGAGUAUCAUGCUCUUGGGAGGCUUCGGCUUCAUUUCGAGGUUGUACGGCUUGAGCGUCGAUAAUGUGGUGGAGAUGGAGGUAGUCCUUGCUGAUGGCACUAUCGUGGUUGCUGACCGAGAUAGUCAUCCGGAUCUCUGGUGGGCCCUACGAGGCGCUGGUCCCGCCUUUGGAAUAGUCACGAGGUACAAGGCGAAAGCUUACCCUGUUCCAGUGGUCUUUGCUGGAAACUUAAUCUACCGUUUCCACCGAGCCACCGCACCCUCCCUCAUCCGACACUUUCGCGAUUGCAUCAAGUCCGUUCCCCGCGAACUAUACGCGAACGUACUCCUCACCGCCGGACCUGCGGAUAAGGACUCGUUAGUGGUGAUCCAGUUCUGCUAUGUCGGUGUGAGGGAGAAAGGGCUCGAGUUCUUGCAGGCCAUCGAGAGCUGGGAGGGCGAAACUUGCCUGUUGAACGAAGUGAGCGAGAAGGCCUUCAUAGACCAGCAAGACAGUGUGGCACAGGUCCUGAGAGCCAAGGCUGGCAGAAAUUGGUUCAUACGAUCGGCUCUUAUUUCUUCUCUUCCGGACGAAAUAAUCAACAAGACUGUAAUGCAGUUCGCAGACACGCCGAUAGGCUGCACAUGGCUGUUUGAGCUUGCGGGUGGCGCCAUCGCAGAUUUCGAAGAUACUUGUAUAGCGAAGAGUCAGCGCGAAGCUACGUGGACUGUUGCCGCUCUUCAUCAGUGGGAGCUAGAAAUCGAUGAUCCCAGAUGCAGGACGUCCGCUGAGAAGUGGAUCAACCAGACACUCGCUCCAGUAUCAGUAGGCGGUUCCUUCCCCAGCUUCCUCGGUCGACACGAGCCUGCAUCCCGAACCAUAUCCUGCUUUGGAGAGAACUGGAACAGACUAUGCGAGCUAAAGCAAAAGUACGAUCCACACAAUAUCUUCCGAAAUACCUUCUGGCCCUUAGAUGAAGGUGGUAUCCCUAUCGAUCCGGAAAGUCAUGAGCCUCCUUCGCCUUGAGGACGGUGGAUGUCGUAAUUGGAUCC